AUUAGAUUCUACUUCCGUUACUACACAAUCAGUGUAAGAAAAAAAUAAUAAAUAGCCUUUGACAGCAUGUUUUUUUGACCUGCAAUGAGUAUAGGCUGGAUACAGCAGGCCCAUCUCAGGCCACAAGCUAGGCUUGACUGUAACUGGCAAAAAGCAGAUAUCCAGUCAUGCUUCACAAAAGAUGGGCUUAGCCGUCUUUGGAAUCAGCUGGUGAAAGAUGGUGAACUUGCUGCAGGUGACACCAACAUCUUCAACAGUGCUGGUGCUCUGGCAAAGAAAGGGGAGACUGGCAAAUUCUACUGUGGUAUGAAGGUGUUGUCAUGUAGUUGUUGUGACGGUCACUGUGGACCUAAAAAUGGCUGCAACUGCCCACCCUGCCAACAGUUGGACAAAGAGGAAGAAACACUGGUUCAUGAACAGCACACCAUGCCUCCCCCAUCACAGCCUAUGAUAGACAGCUGGACAUGGGGCCAACAGCCAGAUGGCCACAAGUUGCAGCAGUGCCUCCAGUCCCUACUCCAGGAGCACCAGCAAAUGAGUCUGGAAGCCUUCAGUUCUUCCCUUUCUUUGACAAGACUCCAGCAACGCCUGGCUGUAUUGGAGCGCUACUUCACAGCUCUUUGCAGACAGAACCAAGCUGAACGCAGAGCCCCAUCAAAGAAGCGACAGGCUAAUCAGAGCAAUCUUAACAAGCAAAAAAGCACUUUGGUAAAGCCAGUAGAAAAAGCCACAAUGGGGCUAGCCAGAGUUGGCUCAAGGGCCGCCCUUAGUUUUGCCUUUGCUUUUUUGCGGCGUGCAUGGAGAUCAGGGGAGGAUUCAGAUCUAUGUGGAGAGCUAUUACAGGAAUCUCUGGAUGCACUGAGGUCCCUGCCUGAAGCCUCAUUAUUUGAAGAAGGAUCCGUCUCAUCUGUUUGGCUGGAGGUUGUGGAGAGAGCAACCAAAUUUCUACAUUUCGUUGUUGCUGGAGAGCUGAAUGUCAGUGCUGGACAGACAAAGAUCCCAGUCCAGGACCAGCAGAUUGCUCUGUGUCUCAUCCUGGAGCUGGCUGUCCAGAGGGGAGCACUCAGCAGCAUCCUGCAGGCUGUCCUUCUGCUUCUCAACCUGUGGAACAACAGUCACCAUGACUACGACAAUCGUGUCAGCACCAGCCUGCUCUCUGCCCCACUUAUCCCACUUCUCAAGAGAUUUGAAAGCAUCCAAAAUACCAAGUCCAAAGUCCCACACAGUUAUAAAUAUGAUGAGAACAUGGUGAGCCCCACUGAAUGUUUCCUGCAACAUUUGUGCUAUCCUGAAGUGGAAGAGACUGCAGUGGACCUUCGUCAGAGUGCAGUGGUCAUCAUGUCUCACCUGGACAGGCUGGCUGCCCCCUACCUGCCCCUCAACUCAACACACAAGUCCCAGUGUCCAGCUGUCACCCAGGAAAUCAUUGGCAUGGGCUGGUUGUCAUGGGCCAACGCCAGCACCAUGACACACGUCUUGGAGGUCUUCAAUGAUCUGGGUGGUGUGCACCAGAUAGUCUGUGCUGAAAGGUGUCUCCUGGCCCUCACCAGAACAGGGAGAGUCUACACCAUGUACUACAGCUCUGACACACAGUCCCCCCAGCUAGUGUGUGGGUUUGGUGAGAAGGAAGUUGUCAAGUUAGCAGCCCAUGCUGAUGGCAAACAUUACCUGGCAUUGACCAGUGAGGGGGACGUCUACUCCUGGGGAAAUGGUGAUGGUGGUCGCCUAGGACAUGGAGACAACAUUUCAAGAGAUGAGCCCACUCUUAUCACAGCUCUCUCAGGCAAACAUAUGGUGCAAGUCUGUGCUGGCAGUACCUACAGUGCUGCCAUCUCCUCCAGUGGAGAGCUCUACACUUGGGGGCGGGGCAACUAUGGCCGUCUGGGACAUGGUUCCAGUGAAGACCAGUGCUAUCCAAGUCUAGUUUCUGCCUUGAAAGGUCAUCGUGUGGUUGAUGUGGCAUGUGGCAGUGGGGAUGCUCAAACUUUGGCCGUCACUGACACAGGUGCGGUGUAUUCCUGGGGUGACGGAGACUACGGUAAACUUGGGCGAGGUGGUAGUGAUGGCUGCAAGACACCAAAGGUCAUAGAAAAAUUGAUGGGUCAAGAUGUGGUCAAAGUUUAUUGUGGGGCACAGUUCAGUCUGGCGCUAACCAAAUCUGGAAAUAUUUUUUCAUGGGGAAAAGGUGACAACUUUCGACUGGGCCACGGAUGCGAAGAACACAUGCGCCACCCUAAACAGAUGGAAGGAUUGAAUGGCAAGAAAGUUGUGAGCCUGGCUAUUGGCUCCAUGCACUGCUUGGCUGUCACGGAGGAUGGGGAGGUCUACUGUUGGGGCAAAAAUGACCAGGGUCAGCUGGGGGAUGAAAGCCAUGCCAAUGUGACGGAACCUACCCUUAUACAUGGGCUGGAGGGGAGGCAUAUAGUGGGAGCUGCAUGUGGUCCAUCUCAGAGUUUCCUGUGGUCCUCCAGUGAGAAGUGGACUGUGGGAUCCAGGAUUCCAUUCAUUGUGGACGUCUCUAGAGGCACAUUUGAGCAGCUUGACCAGCUGCUGCACGAGGUCUGUGAGGGCAUGGAUGGACGCAGCGACUGGCCACCUACACAGGAUAAAGAGUGUAUUGCAGUGGCUGGCCUCAACCUACUCAACCUGCAGCUGCACGCUGCCAUCUGUCAAGCUGAAGAUGUGGAACAUCUGGGAUUGUUGCAAGGGACAGCAAUGGUAGAAAGCCUGAAGCAAAGGCUUGUUUCUCUAGCUAGUAACAGUGGUGUCAUCACCAGCAUACAGAAAGCUGCACAGGCUGCACUACAAAGUGGCUGGUCACUGCUGCUGCCCACUCCAGAAGAAAGAGCCAGAGCUCUGUCAUCACUUCUGGCAUCUGGAGGUCGAGACAUGACAGUUAUGUCAAGUGGUCAGCGCUUCAUGACAGAUCUACUGGUCAGUUCCUUAAUGGCUGAUGGUGGACUUGAAACAGCACUGCAUUUGGCCAUUAAAGCUGAGGUCAAAGGAAUGGAUGAUUCUAAGGAAAAAGAAAGUGAUAUAAAGAUUAAAGAGGACAGCAGCCAUGAAAAAAUUGGAGAAACAACAAUUGAAGUUAAGAGUGAUGUCCCUUUGCUAGAUGUACAGUUGGGUGAUGGCUCUGAUGAUAGAGAGACAACCAUUCCAUUGUUACAGUUAGUUCAUCAGCUCUUUAGAAACUCAUCUACACACACACUUACAAAGCUUCAAGAGGAAGCCAAAUGUGUUGGAAUAAAAAACCCAGAUUCAGAAACUCCAGAGAACUGUCCAUCUCUGGACCUACUUCUACAGUUCCAGAGGCUCUUGGUCUCUAGAAUAUUCCAUAACAAAAGUCUGACAGAGGGAUCUGAUGAUCUUAGAACCAGCAAGGAGGGGCAUAAUGGUGAAAUAGGCUAUGAAAUGCUGGGGGCAGCAUCACUUCUGCGCAAGUACUGCAGUUUGCUUGUUGCUCAUGUAUCCAACAUCCUCCCAACUGCUUCCAGUGUUGGAGAAAUGAGUACACGUAGCUUUGCCAAUGUUUCAGCUGUUCUCUGUAAAGACAUUACAGGUGUUCUCUUACCUGAGAUGGUCACCUGUCUGGUGCUGCUUCAACUGCGCAGUCCGCAGGUGCUGCAGGUAUCCAAUGCUGCUCAGCUGAUGUCUCAACUCUUGGACGAACUCGACUACUUCAACCACCUGGCUCCUGGGACUGACAAGGAAGACACAGAGGAUUUGGCCUGGCCUGGUGUAUGGAGUUACAGCCUUGAGAAAUACAGUCUGCAUGCAACUGAAGAUGUUCAGAUGAUUCGUAAGGCAGACUUAGAAAAUCAUAACAGGGAUGGAGGCUCAUGGGUGGUCAUCCAUGGGAAGGUUUACAAUGUCCAAGCAUUUAAGGCACAGGCUCAGUGUGGGGCAGAGACAUUCCAAGAGUGGGCAGGACGUGAUGCAUCUUUGGCGUUUGAAACUGCUCACCAUUCUGAUGAAGCCAGAGAUUUGAUGAACUGCUUUUAUGUUGGACAAUACAUUGAUCCAGAGAAAGAUGGUGUCCAGAGUCCAGGGACAGGGUCAAUGUCCUCACCACUGAUAGACACAGAGAGAAGUCUGGCCAUUUUACUGGGGCUAAGUGCUGCCCAACAGGUUAGAAGCACAGAACUAUCUCUGGAUGAAGAAGAGAGCAAACAGUGGUUGCAAGCUGAGUUCUUCACUGGAGGUCUGCAGCUCCUUAGCCAAGGGGGGUAUGAUGAGGAGAAAGGGGAAAGCAGGAGUGCUAGUAGCUGCAACACACCAGGUGCCACACCAACUCAUGAACAAGCGAAUGUGCCCCAGAGUGUCAUUGAUAAAGAGAGAAGAUUGGAAGCUGAGCAGGCCAAUACAGACACAGCUCAAACCUUUCUGAGUGCUCUGGCAGAGUCUAGAACUCAAGACUCCACUGUUAAGAUGUUCCUGAGCCUGGUGGAGACUUACUGCAGGACACACCAUCUGCUCUUCCCAUUUGACUUCCCAUCUGAUCAUCCCAUAGAGGAAGUUGGGAGAUUACUACUGGCUGUCCUACUGAAACACUGUGACCUGGGCUAUGUGGUGCUGAGUUUGGUAGAGAGUGGACAAAGUGGGAGCAAGCUGGCCAUGCCCAAAUCAAUGGCAGAGUUGUGUAGAGUUGUAUGUCAGACCAAACGCUCACUCAUAAAGGCCCACCAGGACCAAGGCAGGUCCUACAAGGAAGUGUGUGCACCUGUCAUUGAGCGCUGUCUCUUUCUCUUCAAUGAGCUGCGUCCAGCCUGCGGGGAUGAGUUGAACCUUCUGACCCGCUCCAGUUUGCUGAGGUCAGUUCCCAGAUGGAGGGAGGUCAUCACCAGACUCCUGGAGGACAAGAAGAAAAAUAAGAUGGAAGAAAAUGUAGAUGAGGACAAAGAGAGUGAAGAGACAGACUCUCUGUUAGGUGAGGCUGUAGGGGGGGAGGGGGACGCUAAGGAUAGCGAGGAGAAAGAAGGUGUGUCACAGGGCAAGGAGAUGAAAGAAAAUGAUGAGAGGGAAGAGAAGCAGGAGAUGGACAUCAAGAAGGAGGACAGUGCUGGGGAUGUCCUGGCCAUAGAGGACAUCAAGAUUGAGGAGAAGGACCUACAAACCAAGGAAAGAAAAAAUAGUAGAAAACCACCUGCCAAAGAUAAAGAUGAAGACCCCUGGGAGCAGGUGGUUAAAGUGAUCACAAACAGCCAGAAGAUGCGCUGGUUGAGGCAGAGGAUGACCGGCUGUAAGGCAGAGAUGACUCUGGUCAAUCGUAUUGUGGACUUUGUACUGUACCAGCACCCUGUGGACAUUGAAAAACUGCGCAGAUCUCUUCACCAUCAGGUAACCAGAGCUGAGCUUAGACUUCAGGGUAUCCAAAACAUCCUGGCUCUAGUGUACAAGCAGCAUCUGAUUCCAUCUGUCAAAUACAGCAUCUUGUGUGGAUGGCAGGGACUUCGAACAGUCGCCUCCAAGCAACACUCCCCCCUCCCCCACUGCUUAACAGAUGUGAAACUGAUCCCCCCUUGUGAUCGCAUUCUUCUGGAGAUGACAUUUGCAGAGCUGUACAGAUGGGCAGUCCAGGAGCUGCGGCAACAUGUCCUCCAGGCAGACCUCAUGUUCAAACUUCGUGGCAUUAACCCAGCUCUUGUCUGCACUCCAUCAGGAACUAAGGAACGUCUGAGUUUGGGUGCCCUCCCUUGUUCAAGGUUUCUGUUGGCCACACUUGGCCUACUGGUGGCAGAACACUACUCCAACAGCCUUAGUCUUCUCUUCAACUCUGGUCUUCUGGCCCUCACACAGAGUAUUCUAAGACUUGCAGGUCCAGAGCCAGACUUGCCAGUCCCAGACAACUGUAACACCAUCUUCACCAUCCCCGAGGAACAGUUCAAUAAGAAAAGUGCCCAGACCAUGCCAAUGGCAGGCCCAGAGCUGGCUGCCAUGAUGAAAGUUGGAACCAGAGUUAUGAGGGGAGUCGAUUGGAAGUGGGGAGAUCAGGAUGGCCCUCCUCCCAGCCUGGGUCAUGUGAUUGGAGAGUUGGGAGAAGAUGGUUGGAUCCGUGUCCAGUGGGACACAGGUAGCACCAACAGCUACAGGAUGGGCAAGGAGGGCAAGUAUGACCUCAAGCUGGCCCAGAUGCCAGAACUAGAUGACAAUGAUGAGGAUGAAGAGGAGGAAGAAGUUGAGAGUGAAACCAAGCAUCCAGAAAGUAAACACCCUACAAGCCUGAUCAGAAGCUCCAGCAUUGGCCUGCUCAAAGUGCUGUCCCUGUGUGCGGGCAUACAUGCUGAACACUGUCAACCUGAGUCCAUUGCUGCACUCUGUGGACUUAUGCUGAGUAUUGUUGAUGCUGGCUGCAACUAUGGUCCAAAUACCAAUUCUGCUCUAGCCCACAUUGCAAGCCAGCAACAUGUCAAAUGGUGCACACUGGGCUUUGUGCGCAGCAUUGCCACUACUCCCAUCAUAUGCCAGGCACUCAGCUCACCUCGCUGGAUCUCACUGCUGCUCAGGAUAUUGGAGGAAGACCACGGCUCUAAAUAUUCCAAGAAUGUUUACAGACAGAUUCUGAUACUGAAAUUACUGCGAAGUGUUCUGCCUUCAUGGGACCACUACAUGGAUGGGGCUAGAGUCAUGGAGCUGGUCAACAGACUCUUUGCUCUGCUAGGAGCUGUUCUCAUGGGAUGUGCCACCGACAUGACCUUAAACUCUUCAUCAGACAACUGUGAUGAGAAGAAGAGGAACAUUCCAGUGUCUAUGACAGCCACAUACACAAGUACAAUGGCUGAAGAGGUCAUUGCCCUUAUUCGCAGGCUCCAUACCUUACCUGUGUGGAAUGGAGCAGUCAACAAAUUCAUUGCAGCCCAACUCCCCAACAUUGUAACUCUUCUUGCUGAAAGGAGGACUCACCAUAUUGAGGCGGAGGGAGACAGCAACCAGACAGCUUUGAUGGUUGCUGCCCUGGCUGUCAUUGGUGGCGUAGACUCAAGACUCAGACUGGGAAGUUUAGUCAAGCAUGAUGACCUUGGCCUUGGAACAGUUUCAAAAAUCACCAGCAAAGGGAAGCUCCAAGUCCAGUUUACAUCUGGCAAGUCCAGUGUUUGCAGGCUGUCAGAGCUCACUGCGGUACCACUGGUAGAGUUCCAUGUAGAGAGGAUGCCAUUGACUGAAGAGACACUGUGUAACUGGGCUGUGUUGUGUAGCUUGUCCUGCGCUGCUGUAAGGACUGACAGGGAUAAAGAUGCCACGCCCAGGGCUCCACUGGCUACCAGCACAGGCAGCAUUGAUUCACUGGGCAAUCAUCUGACUUUCAAAGAGCUGCGCAAGCAAUACAUCCGCUUGUGCCUACUGCGAGCCGUAGCCAAGUUAUUCAGCCAUCAGGAUGGGCUGAGACAAAUUCUCCUCCAGCACAUCUGUCCGGACCCCACUCUGGCCGACAUGCCCCCACCCACAGAGGAAGAAGGGGCUGGCGAUGGCCCAGUCAAAGUCACCUUGUUACAGCAGCUGCUGAGUACAGCCACACAACCCUCACCUCUCAAGGCUGUUUUUGCUGUGGAGGAGAUGGAGGCUGCUGCCUUGGCUGCCUGCCAACAUUUGAUAUCAGAACUUGGUCAACACUCCUCCGAUCUUGAGGAGAGCAGUGAUGAGGAGGAUGAGAACAAUUUUCUCGGCAUGCCACCCCUAGGGCAGCUGGUGUCUCCCCCAGCCCCUACCAUUGUGGCUAGGCUCCAGAAGUUAAGGAAGAUGAAGCCUCUUCAACCCCUGCCUACACCUAUUGUUGCUCAACUCAUGGAGAUGGGAUUCCCAAGGAGACGAGUUGAACAAGCUGUCAAAUCUCUUGGGGGAGGUGGCCUAGAGACUCCAACCGUGGAGGCUGUGGUCAGUUGGCUGCUGGAACACCCCAGCUCUGGACAUGAGGACUCUGACACAGAUGUUGCCUCAUCAGAGGAUGGAUACACAGACAGCGACUCAGUUUCAGAUGGCUAUGACGAGUAUGAAGCUUUUGAUGUGAGUCAUAUUAAAGCUUUUCACGCUGCAUCACCAGAAGUUGUGGGCGUGCCCUGUGAGUACAGCAAAAGGUCAGAGUUCACCAACUCCGACGACUACGCCAUGUACGUCAGACAAAAGAUCCAGGUUGGCAUGAUGGUCAGAUGUUGUCGCACCUAUGAAGAAGUUCAUCAAGGUGACAUUGGGAAAGUCACUAAGUUGGAUCAAGAUGGCCUUCAUGAACUGAACAUCCAGGCCUACUGGCAAAGGAAGUGUGGGACCUACUGGGUGCGCUACAUUCAUGUAGAGAUACUUGGCUUCACAAACUCAGCUAUAGACAAUGGGCAGACAAUCAAAGUUGGAGACAAAGUGCGAGUCAAGGCGUCUGUCAGCAAACCAACAUACAAGUGGGGCUCAGUGACACAUGCUAGUGUUGGAACUGUCACUGCAAUCACAGCAAACAAUCGAGACAUGACUGUUGAUUUCCCGCAACAGUCUCAUUGGACAGGAGUCAUCUCGGAGAUGGAGUUGGUGCCCAGUGUACAUCCUCAGAUCACAUGCUCCAACUGUAGCAUGAGCCCCCUGGUUGGUCCCAGAUUUCAUUGUCAGAGCUGUGACAACUUUGACCUGUGUGAAAACUGCUUCAAGCUUACUAGGCUUCACAAGCAUCCAUUCAACCGAAUUCAGGAGCCGGGAAGUGAUCCAUGUUUUGCUGGGAAGCCUGGCAGGCCAAGUCGAGUGAGUAGCACUCAAACACCUAAAGGAUCCAGCAUCAGCAACUGGCAGGCCUGUGUUAAAAGUUUAACUGUCUCUUCACGUGAAGACCAAGCUCACAAUCUUUAUGACAAUCAAGGUCAUUUCUGGCAGAGUCAUGGUACCCAAGGCAAGCAUUGGAUCCGCCUUGAGAUGCAGCCAGAGAUGAUCAUCACUAGACUGUGUAUGCGAGUGGACCCUGCUGACUCCAGCUACAUUCCCUCCCUUCUAGUCAUCAGUGGAGGGGACUCUGUGCUUAGUUUAAAGGAGUUGAGAACUGUCCAUGUGGCUUCAGAUGAAUCUCUCAUCACAUUACUCUCUGAUAUGACUGAGUACCAUCGAAUAAUUGAGGUGGGCAUCAAGCAGUGUCGAAGUAGUGGGAUAGACUGCAAGAUCCAUGGUUUGUCCAUCACUGCCAGACACAAGAGUGAGGAGGAUGAGAUUCCAACAACAUUCUCUAUCCUUGCGCAAGACAAGGCUGAGGAGGAAGAUGGCCAGAACUCUGGCCGUAAGAAAGGAAAAACUGCCAACAUUGCUAAAGACAUUCAGACCUACGUCUUCGUCUGGGGGCUCAAUGAUAAGGAUCAGCUGGGGGGACCGAAGGGAUCUAAAAUCAAAAUGCCAAUGUUAAAUGAAUCACUCUCUGGGCUAAACUGUGUACAGAUUGCUGGUGGAUCCAAAAGUCUUUUCUGUGUUACACAGGAUGGCAAAGUGUUUGCUUGUGGAGAAGGUACAAACGGUCGCCUAGGGCUGGGAGCUGUGACCGGAAACAUUUCAGUUCCCCGCCAGCUGACAGCACUUGGACAGUAUGUCAUCAAGAAAGUAGCUGUCCAUUCCGGAGGUCGGCACGCUCUUGCACUGAGCACAGAUGGCAAAGUACUGGCUUGGGGAGAAGGAGAUGAUGGCAAACUUGGCCUGUCCACACGCAUGAAUUGUGAAACUCCCCGUCUUAUUGAGGCCCUCAAGUCCAAACGUGUGAGGGACAUAGCCUGUGGGAGCUCACACAGUGCCGCCAUCAUAUCCAAUGGGGACCUGUACACCUGGGGGCUGGGGGAUUAUGGGAGACUCGGACAUGGAGACAAUACAACACAACUCAAGCCUAAACAGGUGAUGGCUCUGGCUGGGCAACGUGUCAUACAAGUGGCCUGUGGCAGUCGCGAUGCUCAAACUCUGGCCCUCACAGAUGAUGGUGUUGUCUACUCCUGGGGAGAUGGAGACUUUGGCAAGCUUGGCCGUGGUGGAAGUGAAGGCUGUAAUGUGCCCCACCCUGUAGAGAGGUUGACUGGACAAGGUGUCCUACAGAUUGAAUGUGGAGCGCAGUUCUCUCUGGCACUGACUAAACUAGGACAGGUCUGGACAUGGGGUAAAGGAGAUUACUUUCGACUAGGCCAUGGAACAGAUGCUCAUGUGCGCAAACCUCAACUGGUGGAGAGCCUUAAAGGGAAGAAAAUUAUCCAUGUCUCUGUUGGUGCUCUACAUUGUUUAGCUGUUACUGAUACUGGCCAGGUCUGGGCUUGGGGUGACAAUGACCAUGGCCAACAAGGCAAUGGGACAACAACAGUCAACAGAAAGGCAGCACUAGUGCUGGGGACAGAAGGCUACAAGAUAACACGAGUGGCUUGUGGCUCUUCUCAUAGUGUAGCCUGGGCUGUCACUGGAUACUCAAUGCCCACAUCACAUGAGCCAGUGCUCUUCUCUGCUUCUAAAGACCCAUUGGGAGCCACUGUCUUAGGUCUCUCUGAUGAGAAGGAUGAAACUGUCAAUAUUACUCCCAAAGAUUUAAGUAACCGAGAUAAAAGCAGCCGACCAUCCUUAUCCAAGAUUAUACUUUAUAUGGACUCAACCCUGGAAAAACAACGUGCAUUGAACCAUGUCCUUAAUGCCUUGCAGAUCAAAUAUGUCAGAGAUGCCAUAGUAAAGGCUCUGGGCAAAGAAAACGUGCCUGUAAAUGGGGAGACGUCCAUGGCACAGUCCAUCUCAUACACCCAGUCACCAGACACCAGUGCUGUCCUGUCUGUCACAGAGCUGGGUGCAGGUGACAUGACAGCUUCUAUUGGUGAACAUGCUGACGGGAGCACCCAAGAAGACUUACCAUUCCCCAGUAUGCAGAGUUUGGCGGCCAAAGUCUCCCCCUCCAUUGUUGCUGAAACCCUGCAGUCAGCUGAUGAUAUGACAGCAGUGUCUGGAGCUGGACACACUUAUCCACCUGGUCUGGAUGAGUUCACCUACAAACUUUCAGUUGACGAAGCUCGGAUUUUGGUGGAUCUGUUAAAACUAUCUGUAGCAAGACGAGUUGCUGGUGGCAAAAAAACUUUGUCUGAUGUUCUUACUGCUCUAGGCAAGGCUUCCUCACAGGUAACAGAGAUGCUGCUGGAGCUGUGUGUGACAGAACUGGAGGAUGUGGCAACAGACAGUGAAACAGGCAGGUCAGCAGCCAAACCUGUAGUGCAGGAAAGUCAGCAUCCAUACACAGAUGAUUCCAGCCAAACAGGCGUUGUCAGAAUCCCAGGGGCAGAAGCUUUAAGAGUAGAGUUUGAUCGUCAUUGCUCUACAGAGAGAAGGCAUGACCCACUUACAAUCAUGGAUGCUUCUGGAAGAACAGUUGCUGUUAGAUCUGGUAGAGAAUGGUCUGAUUGGUUCCAGGAACUGCGCAUACCUGGAGACGAACUGCGUUGGAAGUUUACCAGUGAUGGUUCAGUCAAUGGCUGGGGCUGGUACUUCACUGUCUAUCCCAUCAUGCCAGCAGCUGCUCCACUGGACACCCUGUCUGACCGCACCAUUUUGUCUCGCCCCUCUAUUGACCUAGUCACUUGCCUGCUUGACUUCAAGCUGGAGGUCUCUCUAGAUCGCAAUAUUGUGCCACGCCUAGCUGCUGCGCUGGCAGCUUGUGCACAGCUUAGCUGCCUAGGGGCUAACCAGAGGAUGUGGGCCUUACACAAACUGCGCAAGCUGAUGUCAGCCAACUUUGGUCAUCUGAUCAACAUUAGUGCUCUACUCUCCAGUCCUUCCAGAGAGAGCCCUGAGGAGAUACCCAGACCAUUUCCACUGUCCAUGAGUGGAUCAGCCUUGGCCUCGCUAGUCAAAGGCUUACCUGAAGCUCUCCAGAGACAAUAUGAAUAUGAGGAUUCUAUUGUACGCAGUGGAAAACAUUUGAUGCAUAGUCCUUUCUUCAAGGUGCUUGUGGCUUUAGCUUGUGACCUUGGGCUCGACACAUUACCCUGCUGUUCUGAAGCUCACAAAUGGGCGUGGUUUAGACGCUACUGUAAUGCUGCCAGGGUGGCAGUCUCCAUGGUCAAGAGAACGUCCCUACCCCAGCAGUUUACAGAGGAGGUGAUGAAGAAAGUCCAGGACAUUGCCAAUGACAAUCUGAGCCUGAGUUUCAGCCAUGAGCGCCACGACAUGUUCAGGCAGGAGCAGGAUGAGCAGCUCUUACAGUGGAUCAACAGAAAGCCAGAUGACUGGACAUUAUCUUGGGGAGGAAGUGGCCAAAUAUGGGUGUGGGGCCACAACCAUAGAGGCCAACUAGGAGGGGUGGAGGGAGCCAAAGUGAAGCUGCCUCUUAGCUGUGAUGCCUUGGCCACACUUCGACCAGUUCAGCUCAUUGGCGGAGAGCAGACCUUGUUUGCAGUAACAGCUGAUGGCAAGGUCUAUGGCACAGGCUAUGGAGCAGGGGGCCGACUUGGUGUGGGGGGCACAGAUUCUGUCUCCACCCCCACACUGCUAGAGUCCAUCCAACAUGUCUUGAUAAAAAAACUGGCAGUUAACUCUGGAGGCAAACAUUGUCUGGCUCUCUCAGCUGAAGGGGAGGUCUACUCAUGGGGGGAGGGAGAGGAUGGCAAACUAGGCCAUGGCAACAGGAGUCCCUGUGACAGACCAAGAGUCAUUGAGUCCCUACGAGGCAAGGAAGUUGUGGACAUAGCUGCUGGGGGAGCUCACUCUGCUUGCAUCACAAACACUGGAGAGCUCUUCACAUGGGGCAAAGGUCGCUAUGGCAGGCUGGGGCAUGGAGAUUCUGAAGAUCAAUCCAGACCAAAGCUGCUGGAGGCUUUAAAGGGCUAUAGAGUGACAGAUGUGGCAUGUGGCAGUGGUGACGCCCAGACACUUUGUAUCACUGAUGAUGACAGUGUGUGGUCCUGGGGGGAUGGAGACUACGGAAAACUUGGUCGAGGCGGCAGCGAUGGCUGUAAGGUACCAAUGAAGGUUGAAGCUCUGCAAGGCUUGGGUGUCAUCAAAGUGGAAUGUGGCUCUCAAUUCUCUGUGGCUCUCACCAAGACUGGUUCUGUUUACACAUGGGGCAAAGGAGACUACCAUAGGCUUGGCCAUGGUACUGAUGAUCAUGUUAGAAGACCAAGGAGAGUAACAGCCCUUCAAGGGAAAAAAGUUAUAGAUGUUGCCUGUGGUUCUCUCCAUUGUGUAGCCUGCACUGAAACAGGUGAGGUCUUUACAUGGGGGGACAAUGAUGAAGGACAACUUGGAGAUGGUACAACUAAUGCUAUCCAAAGACCACGACUUGUGGCUGCAUUGCAAGGUAAAAAGAUCAAUAGAGUGGCGUGUGGCUCUGCUCACAGCUUGUCCUGGUCCACACACAAACCUGUCAGCGCUGGACGUCUCCCCACCUGUGUUCCUAUGGAGUAUAAUCACCUACAGGGAAUGGAAAUGCCAGUUUUGAGAAACAGACUUGUCCUCUUACAUCAUUUCUCUGAGCUGUUUUGCCCAUGCAUUCCCAUGGUGCACCUGCAAGAAAAUGGACAAACAACUGGCAAAGAAGAGUCUGGACUUGAUUCUCUGAGGGGAAUCCUGGUUUCUUCAGCUAAGGAAGCAGCUUUUCGUAAAGUUGUUCAAGCUACUAUGGUCAGGGACAAGCAACAUGGCCCAGUCAUAGAACUGAAUAGAAUACAGGUGAAAAGAUCUCGGGUAAAAGGGGGCCUAGCUGGACCAGAUGGUCUCAAGUCUGUGUUUGGUCAGAUGUCCCAGAGGUUAGCGUUGCUCACGUCAGAGAGCCUCAUGUUGCCUCACAGGGUCUGGAAGGUCAAGUUUGUUGGAGAGGGUGUGGACGACUGUGGUGGUGGUUACAGUGAAUCUAUAGUUGAGAUGUGUGAGGAACUCCAGAAUGGAUCCCUUCCUUUGUUGAUUGUCACCCCCAAUGGAAGGGAUGAAGCAGGGGCCAACCGGGAUUGUUUCUUGCUCAACCCAAUGCUGCAUCAACCAGUUCACCAAAACAUGUUCAAGUUUUUAGGUAUAUUAAUUGGUAUAGCCAUCCGAAGUGGAAGUCCACUCAGUCUGAACAUGGCUGAAGCUACAUGGAAACAACUGGCUGGGAUGGCACUUAGCAUCACAGACCUGUCAGAGAUUGACAAAGAUCUCAUUCCAGGCUUGAUGUGUAUUAAAGAAAUGGAGGAUGAGGCUCUGCGUGGGGCGGAGAUGCCAUUCAGUAUCCCGAGUGCCACAGGGCAAGAAGCUCACCUGAGUCACAAAUACACCAGGAUCAGCCCAGAGAACAGAGCAGAAUAUGUUAAGCUGGCCAUGGACUACAGAUUGCACGAGUUUGAUGAUCAAGUAAGGUGGGUAAGGGAGGGGAUGGCUAAGGUGAUUCCAGUACCUUUGCUCUCUCUGUUUACUGGCUAUGAGCUUGAAACUAUGGCUUGUGGCAGCCAAGACAUUCCUCUAAGCUUGCUCAAGUCAGUGGCCACCUACAAGGGUAUUGAGCCCAAUGCCCCACUCAUCCAGUGGUUCUGGGAAGUGAUGGAUGAAUUUACUAAUGCCGAACGCUCCUUGUUUCUGCGUUUUGUAUGGGGUCGUACCCGGCUGCCACGAACUAUUGCUGAUUUCAGGGGAAGAGACUUCGUACUUCAGGUACUGGAUAAAUACAACCCUCCAGACAACUUCCUGCCUGAGAGCUAUACCUGCUUCUUUCUACUUAAAAUGCCACGCUAUUCCUGUCGAUCUGUCCUGAGAGAGAAGCUGAAAUAUGCUGUCCACUUCUGCAAGUCUAUUGAUACUGACGACUAUGCCAGAGUGGCACUGACGGCUGAUGCCCUGGAUGAGGAAACACCCGAGGCUAGCGAGGUACAGCAUUUGGACAGCAUGGAAAGUGAAGGGGAAAUUCUGGAUUCAGAUGCCAGUUAAAUGAUACAUUUCUCAUUCCAACAGUUUGUGGGACACUCAAUACACGACCCAAAGUAAAUGUCUGAAAUAUUUUUUUUAUCCUGUAAUUCAUCAGUUUUCAUAAUUAAUGGACAAUCAGUUUUAAAUUUUAAAAAUAAUUGAUUGUUUUUUAAAAAUUAGGAUAAGUUCAGAAUGUUGUUUUAGAGGACAAAGUUUGUUUUAAAUGAAUUAGUUUGAUUUUUGUUGUCUAGCUUGAUUUGCUCAUAUUUCUAGUGCUGUGCUGUGUAAAAGUACAGGGUCAAAUUUUGUCAUUUCGACAAUGUGGAGUCUCACCCUCCCCCUUCCAUGGAGCUUUCAUUCAUCAAUAAGUGAUAGGGUCUGUUGACAUGUGACAGUGAUGGGGGUCUGAUGACAUUUAGACACGUGACAGUGAUGGGGGUCUGAUGACAUUUAGACACGUGACAGUGAUGGGGGUCUGAUGACAUUUAGACAGUGAUGGGGGUCUGAUGACAUUUAGACAGUGAUGGGGGUCUGAUGAUAUUUAGACACGUGACAGUGAUGGGGGUCUGAUGACAUUUAGACACGUGACAGUGAUGGGGGUCUGAUGACAUUUAAACACGUGACAGUGAUGGGGGUCUGAUGACAUUUAGACAGUGAUGGGGGUCUGAUGACAUUUAGACAGUGAUGGGGGUCUGAUGACAUUUAAACACGUGACAGUGAUGGGGGUCUGAUGACAUUUAGACAGUGAUGGGGGUCUGAUGACAUUUAAACACGUGACAGUGAUGGGGGUCUGAUGACAUUUAGACAGUGAUGGGGGUCUGAUGACAUUUAGACAAGUUUGGAUUGGAAGUUUUUUGAAUGAUUAAUUUUUUUCUCUGGAUACAGAGAGUCAGAUUUUAACUCAAUAAUGUCUCACCUAUAUUGCAUUGCAAGUUUUAAAAUUUUGUUUAUAAUUAGCUCAACUUAAAUUUUUGUACAGUUUUUAUUAUUUUAAUAAAACCUAAUUUUCAAUAAGAAUAUGAAUGAAUUUUAUUCAAUUGAUAUUUCUCAACAUGUUAUGAUGUUUCAUCAACAUUUUGAGUUUUUUCAGUAUUGUAUUGAUCAAUUUAUUUAAAUGAGCAUUAGUCAACAUUACAUAGCCCGACAGUUCCUGCUAUUGUCAACUUCAAAACAUUGUGUGUAAUUUAAUCUUGUAAUUAUGUUUGUAAAUAUCAGCUGAGUGAUAAUGCAGUAUUAAAUCUGUUCAACUAUUCCAUCACAUAUAGUAGCCUACUUGUAGUUUUGUUGUUGUUCAUUUGUUUUUCUGCUGUUGUGAGAGUCAUGUCCCUUUGAUUUUCUUACAGAGUCCUAGUUUACAAUAAAGGAUAGAGCUACUCUUCAUUUUGAUAAAUUAGCUUAAGCAUUUGGGGUAAUCAACGGUUUGAUAAAUUAGCUUAAGCAAUUGGAGUAAUCAACGGUUUGAUAAAUUAGCUGAAGCAAUUGGGCUGAUUAACUCAUAGAUACAUUAGCUCAACCAUUUGGGCUGAUCAAUUGUUUCAUAUGCCUGUCAUUUUGGUCAUGCAUAUACAAAAAGUCAUACCUGUCAUGUUGCUUACAUUUUAGAAUAUGUGCAAAAAUUGUACAUGUAGGCUCUAUUUGCUUACUGGACUUGAGGUUGUAAUAUCGAUCAAAUUGAUGCACUAUGUAAAGACAUGUUAUGGUCUAUUUAAAUCUUUUAUGUUUUAGUUUCUGUGUUUUUAUUUCAAAUACAAAAUUUGACAUCUUU